AUGCUAUUUGUCAUGCCAAUCGCAACCAUCUUUUUCAAGGCGAUUUUCGCCUCACCAGCACCUGCUACCUCCAAGAACGCCACCAGCGACUUCUUCUCGCAGAACUUGCCCUCCUCGAGCUUUGCAUUCAUCGAUGUCGGCGGUAUGCUCCCUGGUGAAGGCGACAUCAACGGCCAGGUGACCAAUAAUUGUCCCUUCCCUGUAUACGUCCGUCAAGGCGUCGCCGAGCGCUCCGGAGUCACUGGCGAGAAGUGCGCCGGCUUCGUCAAGAUCUCCCGCAACAUCGGCGAUACGCGCGUCUACCAGGUCGAGUACUCGGUCGACCGCCGCAACAACAGGAUCUGGUACAACCUGUCUACCGAAGACGGUGCGCCGUUCUAG